UGUGCUUCCAUUAUUUAUUUUCAUUUAAAAUUAGAUUUCAAGAUACGUUUUUAAAAGUUUUACUUUGGAAUAUCAACAAUUUUUUAUUUUAUUUUUUUUCUGUGGGGGUGUUUCUUUUUUCUUUUUUUAAACCGUGGAACCUUAGUUUGUCGUCUGGAUGACACGGGGAAGUAUUUGUAGUCGACACGUGGAUCCUGGCAAUAAAAACCCAGUCAGCAUGCGUCUUCUACGUUAAGGGCAGAACUAAAAACCAUUCACAAUGGAGCAAAGUAGAAGCAUGAAGCGGUUAUAUGUUGGUGGUCUGAACCUCUCGAUCUCUCAGACAGAACUCCAACAAAGGUUUGAGAAAUUUGGAGAUGUGUCGGACGUGGAUAUUGUCACCAGAAAAGACGAGCAAGGGGACCCAGUGAAGACCUUUGGAUACCUUAACAUUAAUAUUUCUGAAACAGAACUAAGAAAGUGUGUGUCCAUAUUAAACAAAACUAAGUGGAAAGGUGGAACACUACAAAUUGAAUUGGCUAAAGAAAGCUUUUUACACAGGCUGGCUGAAGAACGACAGCAAGCAGCAGAAAAGAAGCGGACGCCUCAGGUUGACCGUACAACUCACCUGGUAGAGUCACUAAAGAAAGUUGGUGUGGAGAACUUUCACAUGAAAGCUGCAGUACCAGGAACAGAGGUUCCUGACCAUAAGGACUGGGUUGUAAGUAAAUUUGGACGGGUCCUUCCAGUUCUUCGCCUUAAAACCCAAGGCAAUAACAAGAUUGUUAAGUGUGAUCCAUCGAAGCACUGCCACAACAUCAAGAGGUUAGACCCGUCGGUGGAUUCUGAGAAUGUUACUCCAGUCUCCAAACUCACCUGGCAAGUGGCAGGGGGAGAUGAUGAGAUCAGCAAGAAAAGAAGGGGGGAGUUUCCCGCUUACAAAGUCCAGCCUAAAAAAAAGCGCUGUACUCCCAGUAAUGGGGCCAAAAGGUUUGAGGAUUCAGAUGUGGAGGUUGUUGGCAGUGCCAGAGCUUACAAACACUUUGAGGACCAAGAUAUUAAACAGGGCAGUCCCUCUGAGCUGAACUGUUACAUUAGUUCUAGAAACAGUGUGAGCCGCGGUAAUGAACAACCAUCAACUAGUAAGAGACAGACAGCUGCUGCUGUACAGCCAAGACAAAAACCAGUCUGCUUGUUUGAUGGCGAUUUAGACUCUGAAGAUGAAAUAAGAAUGAUGGUUGCACAGGAAAAUAGGAAAAACAAAGCAACAGUGAACUGCGAUGUGGAGGAGUUGGGUGAUUUAGAAGUAGUUGGUGAUGAGUUUAGUUUAAAGUAUACCACUCACUGGGCUCAUCAAAAGGCAAAGGGUGGAGGCAGCAAAAAAAUGUCUGAACGGAAACAGAGCCUGAAGGACCUUGAGCCUGACAGCCGGGAGUACGAUUCUGCAGAUACGGAUGAAAUUCUUACAUUUAAUAUUAAAACUGAAUCAAGUUUGAAAAAAAACCAAAAGGAUCCUGAAAUGGUCAGAUCAGAGGGUCAAAAUGGUUGUGACGCUGGACCAUCAAAAAAGACCCCUACAAUAAAAGUUAAAAAGACAGAAUGUGGCAAUCAUGGGAAAUCUGUUUCUUUAAACAGUGUAAGGGAGUCAGGUAGUGAUGAUGAUUCUGAUGACAGUGGGUCUUGUGUAGAUUCUGAUUAUGAAGCCAUGAUGCAGAAUUGCUAUCGUUUAGAGCUGUCUUUAGCAGACUUGGAACAGCUGGCAAAGAAAUCCGCAGAGACCUCAGAGGAAGACGGUGGAGAAUCAAGUUCAGUGUUGAAAGCUCCCCAGCACGUUUUGAAGGUUGCAAAGUCACAAAUACUACCACCAGCAAAGAACAGCACUCCUGAAGCUAUUUUGGCAGCAAUUUUAAAGGACAGCAGUGAUGAUUAUGAUGGUGGGAAAAGGAAGAAAAAAAAGACUGCUGCAAUCCUCCCAGCCUUUAAAGGAACAAAAACACUUGCAGAACCUGAGAAUCGGGAAGAAAAAACUAAUUCGGCGCAGCAGCAGAAAAGAAAGCAGGAGGUUUCCAAAGACGAGGCUGUGAAGAAACAGAAGACAUCCAUCAUCCAGGAGCAAAAGGCAUUGUCAUCAUCGUCUUCUGAGUCCAGCAGUUCGGAGGAGGAGGAGAUGCCUGUUUCCAAGCCGCCACCAUUCAGGGGGCUCAAAUCUCCUGUAGACCCUGCGAGUCAGAACCUAUGCCAAGAAAAGAAACCAGCUAGCGAGAGCAGAAGUGGCUCUUCCAGCAACAGCAGCAGUGAUAGUGAAGAAGGAAGCAGUGAUGAAGAGACCAAGGCACAAGGAAAAGGUACACCGAAAAUAGAGAGAACUAAAACUGCACCGGCAAAAAGUGGCCAGUCACUGGAAAGUAAAGAUGCUUCAAAAAAAGCAUGGGAAUCUAAGAAAGCUCAAGGUGUACUGAGCUCCAAACCAGAGAAUGUGCGGAAACACCAACAGGACAAUGAAAAAAGACUGGCUGCUCUGCAGCAAAGACAGAAUGAGGCAGAGGAGCAGAAGAAGCUCAUUCAAGGGGCUUUGUCGAAACUGGACACACCAGAAACCAGUACAAGCAAACACAUUGUGUUUGACUCAGAGGAAGAGAGCGACCGUGAAUCAAGACAAACAGAUGAGAAAACACAGUAUUGCAGUGAAAUGAAAAAGACUCUGUUUGAAGAGAGCGAGGAGACCUCCGACGAGGACCAGGGGAUCCCAGACAAGGCAGAACUUGGGGCAAAAGAGUUCAAAAACAAAGCAGCUGGCAAACUGUUUGAGAGUGAGGAUGAUGAGGAUGCUCACAGUGAAGAAGAUGGGGAGAGAUUUCAAAUUAAGCCUCAGUAUGAAGGCAAAGCUGGAAAAAAGCUCAUGGAGUUGCAGUCCCGGUUUGGAAGAGAUGAGAGAUUUCGUAUGGAUUCACGUUUUUUGGAGAGUGAUAAUGAGGAAUUUGAUAAUACAGAAGAGAUUAUGAAGCCCAACACAGCGGAGGAAGAAGAGCUUGCUGAGGAAAAAAAGAAGAAUCUGGAAAUUUUACAAAAUCUUCUUCACAUUAACGUCCAAACUGCAGAGUCCAGCAAAGAGACGGCAAAGAAAAAAACAUUUAGGGAUGUAACUGCCUUGCACUAUGAUCCAACCCGGGAGGAGCAUGCAGCUUUUGAAACAAAGAUUGAAGAACCAAAAAAAGAAAGUAAGGCUGAGAGGCGGAGGAAUCGAGAAGAGGCAGAGAAGCUCCCUGAGGUCUCCAAGGAGAUCUACUAUGACGUGGCUGUGGACUUCAAAGAAGUGUUUAGCUCUACGAAAACAAAAGUGGAAGACAAGGCAGAGAUUGCAUGGGAUCAGGAAGUAGAUGAAGUUUCAGACAUGGACACUGCUGCAGAAAGUCAGGCUGCACAGCACGCUUUUAACUUCCUGUCCGACACAACGGCUGAAAACGAACAAUCCGCAGGGUUCAAAUUCUCAUUCUUCGGAGAUGAUCCCGUGGAUGAAAUCCAUGAGAAAGAAGAUCUGUAUAAGAUUGAGUCGUUAAAAUCUGCUAAGAUCACAUGGCAGGAAGACCAAAGAUUCCAGGAUAGCAGUUCAGAGGAGGAGGAUGAACAAGAAAGUGGUGAAAAGACUCAGAUCACGACAACAGACAACGAGACCUUACCUGGGAAGAAAAUGAACUUUUUCUUUUUCUUAAAGGAUGAUGAAAGGUUGAAAGAGGGUCCCAAAAUGUUCUGUCGAUCUAUAAACCUGGAAGAGGAAAGGGAACACUGGGAAGACAGUCGCUCUUUGUUAAUUGAAGAGUACAGGAAGAGGCAUAAAGAUGCAAGACGUAAGUUUAAGGCCAAGCAAAGGAACUAAUCUGUAAUUUGUGUACUGCAAGGCUGCAAACCCCACAGUGAAGUGUACAUUCAGUGUGUUUCUUCCACGUCUGGAUCAGGUAUAAAAUACAGGUGCCUGAGGGCAGAAGAGAACCACAGUUGCCCCAUUGUUUUAAACACAACACUGUAAAGCAGAAAGGUAUUUGUAAACUGUCUUGUGUUUUGGUUCUUAAUUCUGUACAUGACGUGUAUUGUUUCCUGAUUUGUUUUGAGUUUAUAAACAGCUUAAAAGUAGAGUUUUUGUUCAAAUAAAAUAAAAUCAUAGUAAUGAUACUGUGUUUUGAAGACUGACUGUAUUGAUGAAACAAUGAAUAUGAAAACCAU